AUGUUGGUCCCGGCCUAUUUGUGCGCUCACUUGAAAGUCGUCAAUCCUGAAGCUCACUGUGUUUUCCAUGAGGUUUUUUAUUUUCCUGAAAGUCUUAUGUGUUCAGAUUUUUUCCUACUCAAUCACUAGAAAAAUGAGAAAAAGCUUCGGACUAAUGACCGAAAAUUUCUUUAAAAAUUCAGAGAAAUGGUGCGAAAUAGUUAUACGAAUGUAACAUAGCUGUACCGUGAAAGAGCUUUCCCAGUAUCAGCGCAAGAAGCUUGUUUUUCUAUGACAUUCUGGAACAAAUUUCGGAAAAUUGAUUCGACCAUGUUUUCAGAAAACGCCCCAGCUCCAUGAAUCUGCUCUCGGCGAUUUAUCGAACAGGACUUCUCUAUUGGAACACAUGUAUAACUUGCUUCACGAAAUGGAAAAAAAAGAUAUUUUUAGUCAAAACAUCGCAGAACACGAAGCUUCAAUCUGCCACCGCCUUCCCUGGUCGAGAUUUUUAAACUGGCGCGACUCUCGUUAUAGUUUUCUUUUUCCGCUCAUCUCCAUGAACAUCUUCAGACCUCGUGGUGAUUCCGGCCUUUUUCGCCCUUGUCUUGGCCCUCGGCUCCUUGUGUGAACUCGCCGAGCUGAACAUGUUCCGCGGCGCGAUCCGCGACCGCUUCAACGUCUUCGUCGGCGUGGCGCUCCUUAUCUUAGUCGCCGCUGGUGAGUCUGAAUAAUUCCAAAGUUUCAAUCUGAGCUCUCUCAGUGAUCCACAUCGACAAGACGCGUCUGGAGCAGCGCUGGCAGCUCCUCGAGCACGCCGAGUCCUUCGGAGGCGGAGAAAAAGGCGCCGAGGUCGAGACCCCGGAUUCCUGGAAGUGGAGCAUUGCUUUGUGCAUCGUGACGGCCUUGUUCAAGAUUACACGCAUUCUGAUUGAGCACUUCUUUGGCGAGGUAAAAAGGAAUAGAAAAGGCUUUAGUCGCGGAACUCGAGGUCAACUUUAAUCAUGGAAAAAGUAGAAAAAAGUUUUUUAUUGGUUUUUUUAAAUUUUUUGGUUCAACUGAAUCUUUUCAAACUUUUAAAAAAUUGCAAUUUAUUGAAAAACUGUCGAAAAAGAAGAAAAAAAGGUGGAUCUUGUUUGACUUCGAGUUCCUCGCCAAAAGCCGCGUCGCACACGCAACGCUUCACCCUUGUCAACCUACCCAUCUCGCCUUUCAAGUCGGGAAGGAUUGACAAUGAAUGUAAAAAAAUAAUAUCGUCACUUUUAGAGAUUUCCGAGAAAAAAAGAUAAUUUCAUGUAAAAAAAUGAUUUUAAUACAGGCUUAAUCUUGUUGAAACUUUCCACAAAAAGAAAAAAUCCGACUUCUUUGACCACGCUUUUUUUCCUUUUUUUCAACACUGAGCUCAUUUUUUUCCAGAAAAAGCUCGGCCUUGAGCGCUACCAUCAACUGCCGGAAAACAGCAACCAUUUGGGAUAG